AGCUCGGAUUGAUCACUAUCGUGGCCAGAAUUUGAAUUUGAAUUUGUUCUUCUCUCUCCUUUGCCAAAGGGAUGUGAGAUUUGUUUUAAAUAAAUAGGUUUAUUUUAUCCACUACCCCUCCGUCUCCCCCAAGAUGCUGGGCUGGGGGUGAGCUUGAGCAUGUCACGCAGGGAGCCUGCAAGGACCAUGGGGCCCAAUGUGAACUCCAGUCAGAGCUGGGGUGUGGAGGUGGACUCGGGGAGCACCAGGGCAGCCGAGCACAGCAAUGUGAGCAGCGGCCGGGGAGCUGUGAACAGGAGCGCUGCCGCCAGCCAGCCCUACAGCCCGCCGUGGUACGGAGAGGAGGACACCUACCGAGACUUCACCACAUCCGUGCAGGUUCUCAUAUUUAUCGGCUCCUUGCUGGGGAAUCUAAUGGUGUUGUGGUCAACAUGCCACACAACGAUAUUCAAGUCCGUCACGAAUCGUUUCAUCAAAAACCUGGCCUGCGCUGGAAUCUGUGCGAGUGUUGUUUGCGUGCCUUUUGAUAUCAUCCUGAGUGCCAGUCCCCACUGCUGCUGGUGGAUCUACACGUUGCUGUUCUGCAAAUCUAUCAAAUUCCUGCAUAAAGUUUUCUGUUCGGUCACAGUUCUCAGCUUCACAGUCAUUGCCUUGGACAGGUACUACUCUGUCUUGUAUCCUUUAGAGAGGAAGAUUUCUGAUACAAAGUCCAGAGACUUGGUGAUCUACAUCUGGAUUCACGCAGUGCUAGCCAGUGUUCCAGUUUUCGCAGUGACCAGUGUUUCGGACAUCUAUGCCAUGUCAACAUGUAGUAGCUCACGGAGCCAUUCCUUUGGACAUCUGGCUUAUGUAAUUAUUUAUAACAUCACCACAGUGAUACUGCCCAUAGCAGUGGUAUUUUUGGUCAUGAUUCUGAUCCGUAGAGCUCUCACCGCCAGUCAGAAGAAGAAAGUAAUUAUUGCUGCAUUGCGGACUCCGCAAAACACAAUUUCAAUUCCAUAUGUUUCCCAGAGGGAGGCUGAACUGCAUGCUAUGCUACUGUCUAUGGUGCUGAUCUUUAUUGUUUGUAGUGUUCCUUAUAUAGUUUUUGUGAUUUAUCGAAUCAUUUUUAAUAUCGCUGACAUUUCUGUCUUUUUGAUGCUGACGGCAAUCUGGUUGCCCAAAGUUUCUCUGCUCACCAACCCUUUACUCUUCCUGACGGUCAAUAAGUCUGUUCGGAAAUGCCUCAUGGGGACCAUGGUCCAGCUCCAUCGCAGGUACAGCAGACGUAACAUUGUAAACUCUGAUGGCCUUGGUGAAGCCACACUUGAGCCUGGGGUUCGAUCAGGCAGCCAAUUGCUCGAAAUGUUUCACAUUGGGCAACAGCAGAUUUUCAAACCUUCAGAAGAGGAGGAGGAUAUGAAUGAGAUUAAGUCUCUCGCAUCAAAUGAAUGCCAGCAGAAAGAGUUACCGACCGCCAGUUUGGAAGUGGAGCAGACGUUAGUGGAGGCAUUAACUCCGCAGAUUAACAAUGACCUGGGGGCUGUGCCAGGAGCGGCAGCAGUACCUCCAGAUUCAGAUGCAGUUUCUGACAAGUAUGCAAUGCAGUUUGGCUUUGGCCCAUUCGAACUUCCUCCACAGUGGCUGUCUGAGACACGGAAUAGCAAGAAAAGGCUUUUGCCCCCUUUGGGUAACACACCAGAAGAACUGAUUCAAAUGACUGAAAAACAACCAAAGUUCAAAACAGAACGCAAGAUUAGUAGGAACAAUAAAGUCAGCAUCUUCCCCCAAGUGGAUUCUUAGUCCUUUGAUUUAGUCCAACAAGCAUGGAGUGUUUGGGAACACAGUGUAAUGAGUCUCUAUAGCACACGAUAACAUCACACUACCUACAGUACAUGAUGUCAUGUUGUAUGCCAAACUAUUUUGAAAACAAGUAGAGUAUAGACCAUUCUUCUUCAAGUAGACAGCACUGCUCCUGUGGAUUAUAAUCAGAAGGAUUUGCAUUUGAAGCUUUUAUUCACCCUCAGCUAAGAACAUCUCAUCUUACUAUCUGAAUUGCAAACAGUUCACAUUCCAAUUCUCUGGAAGAGAGCGGACAAUAAUUUAUAUUAAGCUGUUGAAAUUCUAAAGUGAAAAUUUAUUUAUUUUGUUAUUUACUUUGUUUAGGAUUGUUUAAAUCUAAUUUUAAAUUGAAAUCUAGUGUUUAACUUGAAAACGUUGGUGAAAUCAGCAAAUUUUCUAAAUGUUUUUAUCAGUAUUGCCAUAUCUCUAUCCUACUGACUUUUGUACUGCAGCUAUAAAAUCAGCCAGAAUGCCACACAGUUUUGUAGUCAUUCAGACUCAUCUAAGGCCAAUAGAUGAUUUCUCCUCCAGUUGGACACAAAGUGCUGGAGUAACUCAGCAGGUCAGGCAGCAUCUCUGGAGAACAUGGUUAGGCGACGUGUCGGGUCGGGACCCUUCUUCAGACUCCGCAUUUCUUCACCGGUUAGUCAGUAUCACUUUUAUAUCUAUUAUAUUGUUUUAAAUGUUCUCUUGGGCUAAGGGCAUUGCUGCAUGUUUGAAAGUUGCUAUCCAUCCCUAGAUGGAUUGAGCAGAUGGCAGGUGGCAUUAUCUUUGAGCAGUUUAAUACAACUGAGUGUAUUUUGGAGCGAUCCCAGAGAACAGGUAAAACUUAACUUUGGUGGAUUGGGAGGAGGUCACACAUGGAUCUGAUUGGAAAAGCAGGUUUCCUACUUGAAAAAAACCAUUAACAAGUUACAUGGAAUUAGAGCACAUAAAACAAAACUGGAAGAACUCAGCAGGUCAGGCAGCAUCUGUGGAGGAAAUGGGCAGAAGACAUUUUGGGUCUGGACCCUUUUUCAGACUGAUUGGAAAAAUGGGGAGAAAGCUGGAAAAGAGAGGUGUGUGGCACACAACCUGGCAAGUCAUAGGCAGAUACUGGUGAGUGGGGGAGAGGUUUGUUUACAGAUAGCUGGAGUAAGUGACGAAGGUCAGAGGUGAAAAGAAGACACGAGAGUAAGCCAAGAAGGCGAGCGAUAUGUGAAGCUGCAAGAAGGGAAUGGAAGGGAUGGAAGGGAACAGGAGAGCGGGAAUAAAAGGGAAAUGGGGAGAUUAGUGUGGGAAGGAGCAGGGUGACUGAUGGGUGGGGGAAAGGGAGGGUGUGGGAGUUGAUGAAAGAAAUGUCUCUUCAGCAGGGUGGGAGGACAUCAGAAAGAGAGAGGUGGUAAUGGGGGUAUUAUUUUGAAAUUAGAGAAUUCAAUGUUCAGACCCUUGGGUUGAAAGCUACCGAAGUGGAAUAUGCGCAGAUAUUCCUCCACUUUGUGUAUGGCCUCACUCUAAGAAUGGAGGAGGGCAAGGACAGAAAGGUGGGUAUUGAAAGGGGAGCUAAACUGGUUAAUAACCAGGAAAUCCAAUUGGCCUUGGCAAACAGAGUGCAAGUGUUCAGCGAAACAAUCACAGGUUCUACGCUCGGACUCACAGAUGUAUUGGAGACCACAUCGGGAGCACCGAAUGCAGAAGAUGAGUUGGAGGAGGUGCAUGUGAACCUCUGUCCCACCUGAAAGGGCUGUUAGGGUAACUGGAUGGAAUUGAGAGAGGAGAUGUAGGAACAAGUGUUACAUCUCCUGUGGUUGCAGGGGAAAAUACCAUGAGAGGGAACGGGUUGGAUGGGAAGGAAUGAGUGAACCAAGGAGUUGCGGAAGGAGUGGUCUCUAUGGAAAGGACCACUAGGAGAUGGGAAGAUGUGGCCAGUUCUGCGAUUAUGUUGAAGGUGUUGAAAGUGUUGGAGAAUGAGCUGUUCUAUGUGAAUACCGGUGGGGUAAAAGGUGUGGGGGGGAGGGAAUGUGAUAGAGUUUAGAGUUAGAAUAAUCCACCAGUUUCAUGGUCAUAUUUAUUUAUAACUUUUUGUUUCUACCUCUCUAGAAAUUGAAUUUUGAUUUUUAAACUUCCAAGAUAGGAUUAACACAGGCCUCUGGAUUACAUUUUCAAUAAUCUUAUCAAUAUAUCUUACCAGUUCUCAAGAUUAUUUCUAAAUUGAUGUUUGAUAACUAAUUCUCACCAUUUUCUCCUGUAAAUUGACAUUUGAUACUGUGUAGAUGAUCACUUUUUGUUUUCUCCACCUUGUCUUGUUGUCCAAAAUAUACCUAAAUUGGUAUAUGGUAUGAUAUUUCUGUCUGAUUAUGUAUAGUAUUGUUUGUGUGGCCAAAAAGAAAAACAGUUCACUUCCUUCAACCAAUAAGAAAAAUGCUAUUACUGUUUUUUUGUCUUUCUGGUAAGUGUAUUGCAUAUUUGUAUUGAAUAACUGCUCAAUGUAAAAACACCACCAUAAUAUUAUGUGGCUGGUAUUUUUAUAAAUAAUAUAAAAGAAAAUAUAGUGCACCGUAUUUUAAGCUGCUGGUACUUUAGUCACGUUUUUAAUAUUAAAACAGUUUGAUUUUUUAAAUUAUUUGCUUGAAACAACUGCUUUGGUAACUUCAGCAAUGUUUCUAUGCUGCACAACUGUGUGCUUUUAUGAAUUUUGUUUAUUUUAUAUUCAGCUUAUGACUUUGAUAAAGUGUAACUAUAUAAUUAAAGUGUUUUGGGACAUUUUGAAAAAGAUCAAAAGUGCUCUACAGAUGUGAGAUUUUUGGAACCUCUGCUCCAGUCGAGGUUCAGUGUCUGUUCACUUCCUUGCAGGGGAAGAUAAUUCCAUUUAACUGAUAAUAUUGAUUCUUGAGUAUUCUUGGGGCAUAUUGUUGUCAUGUUAGUAUGCUUAAUGCGGAAAGACAUACACCUUACUUAAAAGGUAAGUAAAAUUGACCAGAACAUUUUUUUAAUUGGAAUAGCUAAUUUGUAAAACUUACAUUUAAAAUGUCUUGGAUUGAGUCCAAAACAUGGAUGUCUUUGGAUAAUGGGUGAAUAGGGGCAUAUAUUUGUGAAACGGUAUGCAAGUUGUAAAUUGACUUUUCCAAAAGCCCAUUGUUUGUUAUUGCUUGUCGUUCAAAUAUGUCUUUCGCUGCAGUUCAAGGAAGCAAUUUGAGUGUCAAUAUUACCACUGAUGCCAAAUAAAUUUCAUCAUUAUUCCAUUGAAAUCAGGCAGCAGAUCUGUUUAAAAGCUGGCAGAUCUGAGUGUCCAACUGGGCAGGUCCGGAAUUACAAAGGACAAGCUGGAGUGCAGCCUUCAAUGGGGUUGGUUCUGGAUCCUCAACAUCUGUAGUCUUACUGCACAGGUGUCCUCAAAUUUAUAAAGUCAUACAGUCAUACAGCACAGAAACAGGCACUUUGGCCAUACUAGUCAAUGCUUAUCAAACUAGUCCCACCUGCCGCGUUUAGCCCAUAUCCCCUGCAACCUUUCCAAUCCUCGUACCUGUCCAAGUGUCUUUUAAAUGGCAUUAUAGUACUUGCUUCUACUACCUCUGGCAACCCGUUCCAUAUACCCACCAUCCUCUGAGUGAAAAAGUUGUCCCUCUGCAAGGCAAUUUGCACUCUGAACCUAGUACUAGUAUAUAGCAGCCCCAUUUAAAUCAACGGGCUAUGCAUGGAUGGUAAGAUUAUCCUUUUAUUUGAUUUAGUUAUCAGGCGACUGAAUCAUCCUAACACCAACUAGAGAGCGGUCCUGAACUAGCCCCCUUGGACUAUCUUUAAUCUGAAUUUAUUGGAC